AUGCUUCUAAUAAAAGAUUUAAAGGAGACAUUUGGCAAAGACUUGACGGAGAUGAAAGAGCAGGUGCAACAGCACGGGGACCAUAUUUCUCAACGCGAAAGCCGGAUUGCCAAAAUUGAGGUUCAGGAAGCCUUGGGAAAGGAUUCAACCUAUGAGCAGCUCAUGGAACCGUUGGAGUCCAGAUAUGGAGACGCGCAUCUGGAACACGUGUUUCGUGCCCAGUUGAAGGAACGAGUGCAGUGCGUGGUGAUGGAUUAUUUCACCAAGUGGCUCGAAGUCUUCGCCAUUCCUCAUCAAGAAGCCUCGACGAUCGCCGAUAAAUUAGUACAAGAAGUAUUCUGUCGGUUUGGAGUACCCCUAGAAAUACACAGUGACCAGGGAAGGAAUUUCGAGUCCCAGGCAUUUCAAGAGACUUGCAGAGUCUUAGGUAUCCACAAAACUAGAACCACAUCUUAUCACCCGCAAUCCGAUGGAAUGGUGGAACGUUUUACUCAAAUAUUGGAGAAAUAUCUGGCGAAAGUUGUGGAGAAUAGGUAA